AUGUCUGGCGGAGGCAGUGAAGAGUGUUCUUUCUGCAGAACAACUAUCGGAGAAGAAACGUUCAACUUACCGCAGCGAUAUGAAAAGGCAUCACUGAUUGCGAAAGGAGGACAAGCUGUUGUGGUGGAGGCCUGGGACAAACGGGAAAAGCGGAAGGUUGCCAUCAAGAAGAUUUGCAAGCCGUUCCAGGAUGCCAGCUCGGCUAAGAACACAUUCAGGGAGGUAGUUCUCAUGCGCAACUUGCAGCAUCCCCAGUGCAUGGGCGUAUUGGACAUAUUUACUUCAGCCUCAAACCUGCCAGAAUUCAGCGAUGUUUACCUGGUGAUGCAGAAGAUGGAUUGUGACUUAAGUUCUAAAGUCGGCAAGCACUUAGACCACUCUGAUAUCAUAUCAAUCCUGCGUGACAUUCUUUGUGGAGUCCGUUAUUUGCAUGCCAGAAACAUAAUUCACGGAGAUCUAAAACCUCGCAAUAUUAUGAUGAAUAGCGACUCUACGUUGAAGAUUGCUGACUUCGGAAUGUCGCUAGUAGAUGACGGAGAGGGAAACGCGGGUGUAACCGGCGGGACCAGUGCCUAUCUUGCUCCAGAAGUCAUCCAGGGCAGUCAAUGCGGAAAAGGUGUGGAUUCGUGGGCGAUCGGAUGCAUCCUUUCGCGGCUUCUGGGACAGCAGAGACUGCACCAAGCUAAAGAUCCUGCUAACCAGCAUAUGAUGACAUCACAGGGUGGUGACGUAAUGGAAGCACCGGAAGAUUGGAUCCGCACUAAUCAAGCUAAGGACCUAAUAUCCAAGAUGCUUAAGAUCAACCCUGACGAGCGCAUCUCCAUUGUACGCGCACUUCGCCAUCCGUACGUCCGAAGACCGCGGAGCAGUAGUAAACCUUAUCGUUCCGCCCCGGACCAGUUUACGCACACAAUGUUCUGGCAAGACCGAACUGUCGAGGAAUGGAAACAGAUCACAUAUCGCGAAAUCCAGAACGCACAGGAUCACGCUCGGCCCCUUUUUUCUCAGUGGUGAGGUUGACGAUGUUGCUGUGGUUGCUGCUGUUGUUCUGGUUCCUGUUGUUGUUGUUGUUGUUGUUGUUGUUGUUGUUGUUGUUGUUGUUGUUGUUGUUGUUGUUGUUGUUGUUGUUGUUGUUGUUGUUGUUGUUGUUGUUGUUGUUGUUGUUGUUGUUGUUGUUGUUGUUGUUGUUGUUGUACUUCCAUCAAGAGUCGCAUCACAAAUGGAUGUCGUGAACCUCUAGAGUUAGGUUCCAGAACUCGCCUGCAAGAAGAUAAUGAUGAGGCAAGACGACAAGCCAUGAAACGUAUCAGCCAUUAUUCCAAUGUUGUCAUCAUUGGCACACCCGCACGGCCACCCCUACUAUACACAGUCACUGUUGCUGUCGCAUCCACUCGUAGUCUAGUUAGUCCACGGCCACUGAUGUCGACACUGAGGUAGCUUUCUUGCUACUGUGCUGCUCUGUAAUAGUUACAUGAAUCUAGCUAAUGUUUCUGCUUCGUUCACGGAAUUCAGAAUAGGAAGACUGCUGUACCACUCGCUCUUUUCUUUAUCUUUUUAAAGCGAUUACAUGUAAUUGUAGAAAGGAAAAGGAAAUAUAGAUACGAGUUGAGAGUAACUCUCCAUCACUGUAACCAGAUACUAUUAUACAGUCAGAAAGUGCAACAACUAGGCACAAAACUGACAGAGUACUGAGACAUGGGGGUAUUACCCAGUACCACCAGUUAAAACAAGCCUGCCUCCCGUUCUGUCUUGCUAGCAGUAGCACCCACUACCGAACACUACAAGAAUCUUUGAACGUUUGCGGUACUCCACAGUACCAGUCAUGUGCUGUUUACCGCCUCCCCGUUGUUGUAUUCUAACGUUAACGUUAUUCAUUGACUGAGCGUUCUUUGCUUUGUACUACACCCUGCUAUCAUGUUAGGCUAUUUCCUACAAUAUUUUACUGUUUCCAUUCGCUUCCAUGUAAUUGGGCGACACCGCCCGUUUGGUUCUGCGAAUUCAAAUAAAAAUGUACCUACCUAC